AUAAUAUUGUUGCAAUUAUUGCGUCACAACCAGGUAAAAACGUGCACGAUCCAAGAUGGAGGAAUAUGCAAGAGAGCCUUGUCCUUACCGAAUCGUGGAUGACUGUGGAGGAGCGUUUAUGAUGGGUGCCAUCGGUGGAGGAAUCUUCUCGUUUGUGAAAGGAUGGAGAAAUUCGCCGGCUGGGCAAAGACUUUAUGGCAGUAUUGGUGCUGUCAAAACAAGAGCACCUGUUCUUGGAGGUAAUUUUGCUGUAUGGGGAGGUUUAUUUUCUACAUUUGACUGCUGUCUGAUGGGAAUACGAGGCAAAGAGGAUCCAUGGAACUCAAUAGGUAGUGGUGCUAUCACAGGAGCUGUAUUAGCAGCAAGAGGUGGACCAUCAGCAGCCCUAAGAUCAGCGGCAUUAGGAGCUGUCCUGUUAGCUUUAAUUGAAGGAAUAGGAAUUGGAAUUACAAGGAUGACAGCAGAGCAAUUCAAACCAGUCAUGCCGCAGCCCCCAGACCCUGCACAGUUACCUCCAAAACCAUUCAACCCUACACCGCAACCAAUACAGCCAGCAUCAGAAUUUGAUUAUCAGCCGCAGUAUCAAUAGGAAAAGAUAUACAAUACAAUAUGACAACUUUUCAAGUCAAAUUUUUGAGGAUUUUGUUACUGAUGUUACAAGGCCAGCUAUCCAGUCUGUGUUUAAGGAACAAUGUUGAAAAAGGCAAGGGGUACUUGUUGUUCACCAUCCUCUAGAAGCUCAGGCUGAAAGGACUGACAGAUGAAGAGGCAAGCCUCACUAUGGGAAUUUAAUUUUGGAAGUUGUGUUGUUUGCUGUUGUCAUAAAAGAGGAACAACACACAAACAUGUGCCAAACAUAAAAUUGCUUCACUUAAACUUGAUAAAGUGGCAAUAGAGGUGUGGUAUCAAGUGGUAUGACUUGUACAUAUACAUGGAUACAUCAUGAAUUUGUGACUAGGGAUGUUGAUACUUGUACAAAAGGACAUGUUUGGUUGCUUUGGGUGGCAACAUAUUGGAGCACAUUUUU